GGGGGGCCGGCUCCGUCGCUCCGUGCCCGGCGAUCGCUGCGCGCAAGGGGGGCGCCCGGCUCGCCUGCCAGCCUCGGGCCACGUCGCGCGCGGGACUCGGGCGCUGCUGCCCUCGGCCUUCCCCCCGACUCCCUCCGUCCCUGGCGUCGCCCCCGGACAACUCCGGAGGAGCGAGCGCCCCGGAUCCUUCCUUCAAGGGGCUGCGCUGGCGGCGAUUAGCGGAUCUGCCUCCCGGCCGGGGCUGCAGCGGACGGUGGCUCCCCCGAGCCCAGACGGCGCCCGCGGGGGCAGCCCCCAGGAAUGCAGCGAUGAGUGAGCAGGCCCUGCCCUGGUGGACAAGGAUGGAGCGCUGUCCGCAUGCAAUCCCUCAGCGAAUGACCACCCUGAGAGGGGGGCUCCCCGGGCCCUAACGGGGCUGCAACCUUCAGCUUUGAGUUGCUCACAGCAGCAGGACCCCAAACUCUCCGUGGGUGCUCCCUGGCCCUGUGGCUCCACCAUGAUGCUUCUCGUAGCCCCCCUCCUGCUAGCUUGGGUAGCCGGUGCAACGGCCGCUGUGCCAGUGGUGCCCUGGCGGGUGCCCUGCCCACCACAGUGUGCCUGCCAGAUACGGCCCUGGUACACGCCCCGCUCGUCCUACCGCGAGGCCACCACCGUGGACUGCAAUGACCUCUUCCUGACAGCCGUGCCCACCGCACUGCCCGUAGGCACCCAGACCCUGCUGCUUCAAAGCAACAGCAUCGUGCGCAUUGAGCAGGCGGAGCUCAGCUACCUGGUCAAUCUUACCGAGCUGGACCUGUCCCAGAAUAGCUUUUCGGAUGCCCAGGAUUGCGACCUCCGCGCCCUGCGCCAGUUGCUGAGCCUGCACCUAGAGGAGAACCAGCUGACGAGGCUGGAGGACCAGAGCUUUGCGGGGCUGGCCAGCUUGCAGGAGCUCUACCUCAACCACAACCAGCUCUACCGCAUCGCACCCCGCGCCUUCGCUGGCCUAAGCCGCCUACUGCGGCUGCACCUCAACUCUAAUCUGCUGCGGGCGGUGGACAGCCGCUGGUUCGAGACGCUGCCCAACCUGGAGAUACUCAUGAUUGGCGGCAACAAGGUGGAUGCCAUCCUGGACAUGAACUUCCGACCCCUGUCCAAUCUGCGCAGCCUGGUGCUAGCGGGCAUGGGGCUGCGGGAGAUCUCCAACUACGCCCUGGAGGGGCUGCAGAGCCUGGAGAGCCUCUCGUUCUAUGACAACCAACUGGUCCGGGUGCCCCGGCGGGCACUAGAGCAGGUGCCUGGGCUCAAGUUCCUGGACUUGAACAAGAACCCUCUCCAGCGGGUGGGCCCUGGAGACUUCACCAACAUGCUGCACCUCAAGGAACUGGGGCUGAACAACAUGGACGAGCUGGUGUCCAUCGACAAGUUGGCCCUGGUCAACCUCCCAGAGCUAACCAAGCUGGAUGUGACCAACAACCCCCGGCUGUCCUUCAUCCACCCGCGCGCCUUUCACCGCCUGCCCAGGAUGGAGACGCUCAUGCUCAACAACAACGCACUCAGUGCCUUGCACCGGCAGACCGUGGCAUCCCUGCCCCACCUGCAGGAGGUAGGUCUCCACGGAAACCCCAUCCGCUGCGACUGCGUCAUCCGCUGGGCCAACACCACGGGCACCCGUGUGCGCUUCAUUGAGCCCCAGUCCACCCUGUGUGCGGAGCCACCUGAGCUGCAGCGCUGGCCAGUGCGGGAGGUGCCCUUCCGGGAGAUGACAGAUCACUGCUUGCCUCUCAUCUCACCCCGUAGUUUCCCUGCCAGCCUGCAGGUGGUCAGCGGCGAGAGCCUGGUACUGCACUGCCGAGCUUUGGCUGAGCCGGAACCGGAGAUCUACUGGGUCACACCAGCUGGCGUUCGCCUGACUUCGGCUCACGCUGGCCGGAGAUUCCGGGUGUACCCUGAGGGGACCCUGGAGCUGCGGAGGGUGACAGCAGAAGAAGCUGGGCUCUAUACAUGUGUGGCCCAGAACCUGGUGGGAGCGGACACCAAGACGGUCCAUGUGGCUGUGGGCCGGACUCCAGUCCAGCCAGGCCACAAGCCGGGCCAGGUGCUGGAGCUGCGGGUGCAGGAGGCUCACCCUCACCACAUCCUGCUCUCCUGGGUACCCCCACUCAAUACCAUCUCCACCAACCUUAGCUGGUCUAGCACCUCCUCCCUUCAUGGCCAGGAGUCGGCAGCCACUGCCCGACUGCCUCGGGGCACCCAUAGCUACAAUAUCACCCGCCUUUCGCCGGCCACCGAGUACUGGGCCUGUGUGCAAGUGGCCUUUGCAGACUCACACACCCAGCUGGCUUGUGUGUGGGCCAGGACGACAGCGGCUAGACCUUGCCACAGGGCCUUAGUGGACCAACCUGGGCCCAUAGCCAUCCUGGCCCUUGCCAUUCUCCUGCUGGCCACUGGGCUAGUGGCCCACUUUGGCACUAGCCAACCCAGGCCAGGGGCAGGCAGGCAGCCUCUGCUUCCAGUCUGGGCUUUCUGGGGCUGGGGUGAGCCCUCGGUCCGGGUGGUGUCUGCACCCCAAGUACAACUCUGGAAUCCAGGGAGGAAGCCAUCCAGGUACCCAGCAGGGGAGACAUUGCAACCACCAUUGUCACAGUCAUCAGGAAGCCAGGCCUGUUUCCAGCAGUAGAGACACAUUUUGCCUGGUGGGGAGAGAACUGAGCCUCAGGCUGGGUAUUGGGUGACACGGAGCCACCUAGUCACAGAGCCACGGAGCCACACCACUGAGGCGGCACCAAGACUACUGGGGCCCCCCUGCCUGCCCUUCUGGGGACCCUCUGUUGCAUUCUGGGGGCAGCUCCACAAACUAGAACUCUGGCUUGACACCCUACCCCUGAGCUCUGUGUGUGCGCAGAACCUCCAGUCCCCAGAUAGCCCUGCCAUGUCCCUUGGCCUCAGCCACAGAUACGUCCCUCCUCAUUCCUUUCUUUGUACAGUUUCGGUCACUUACUCUUUCCUCUCCUGGGCAGGGACUGGAGGAGGCCUUGCCUUCCACCUCAGGGGCCCGCCAGCCUGAUCUGAAGGACACUUGGGGAGAAGGGCCCCCAAGAAGGCCUCCGCUCAGGAGUGGGGUAGCCACUGAGAUGGCCUUUCUACUGGGUAAUUUUGUACCUUUGUGGAGAAAUGUGUCACCUUCCCCAACCCAAUUUACUUUUUUCCUGUUUUGUAAAAAAUAAAAAUAAAGAAUAACAAUAAGGGGAGGAGGAGAAA